AGUUUUUUUGUGUGCAGAAUAAUAAACUAUUAGAUUAGGUCUUCAAUAUAUUGGCAAUAAUGCAAAAGGAAUUGCAUUGCUUUUGCUUUGUAUUGGCGAGCAUCGUUGUUGUUGUGUAUGGAGCGCCUAAUACCACCGAACCGUAUUCUCACCAUAGCGAAUUGGACUUGCAUGGACAAAUGAAGUUGUAUUGGAAUGUGAACGGAUCUUAUAUUACGUUGGAGCUUCAUGGAAACACCACUGGCUGGAUCGGGAUGGGGUUUUCCCCUAACGGUGCCAUGACUGGAGCUGAUAUGUUCGUAGGUUGGGUGGCGAGCGGUACCGCGUAUAUAACGGAUAGGCAUGGAGUGGGAAACACUUUUCCACCAAAAGACACAGAACAGAAUGUCGAACUGUUGUCUGGGUUCGAAUGUGAUGGGUGGACGGUUGUUAAGUUUAAAAGACAACUUGCUGGUUGUGAAAGUGGUUCAGAUUUUACCAUUACGGCCGACACAAUUAAAGUGAUAUAUGCUUAUGGAAACACAGAUCCUACUGGAUCAGAUAUAGUGGGAUCCAAUUAUCAUUCCACAAACAGAGGUGCCAGGAGUCUCAUAUUUCUCAACAAUGGUGGAGCAAGUACACAAACAAUAACAAAUGCAUUGACUUAUGAUAUGUUGAAUGUCCAGUUUCCGUUACCACAGAAAAAAACUUUCUACAGUUGCAAAGUGUUUCAGUUGCCCCGUCUUACUAAAAAGCAUCAUAUUAUAAAGUUUGAAGCUUUGGUCCAGAAAGGACAUGAACUGAAUGUUCAUCAUAUUAUUGUGUAUGCUUGCACCGGAAAUAUAACAUCAGUACAGAGGGUUGGUGAAAGUGUUGAAUGCUAUUCUGCCAACAUGCCACUGGAUUUCUACAGCUGCAACUCGGUGGUGGUUGGGUGGGCAAUAGGGGGUGGGCCAUUUACAUUACCUGAUCAUGUUGGUAUUCCAUUAGGGGAGCCAGAUUCACCAACUCAUGUGUUAAUGGAGGUUCACUAUGAUAAUCCGAACCUUGUAACAGGUUUGGUCGAUAACUCAGGCAUACGAAUGUCUUACACUGAUCAACUGAGGCAAUAUGAUGGAGAGGUUAUGCAAGUAGGACAUAAUGUAUCUCCUACUAGUCAAAUUAUUCCACCGAACACCUCAUCGUAUCUUCAAUAUGGUGAAUGCACUUCUGGUUGCUUGGCUCAAUCAAUGAAUGACAGUUCUCUCUCAGAGAUUAAACUCAUUGGAGGAAUGUUACACAGUCAUUUGCUUGGUAGAAAAUUGCGACUACGCCAUAUUUAUGGAAAUGGCACUGAAGGUCCAUUUUUGUUAAACGACGAUAAUUAUGACUUCAACUAUCAAGAAAUGAGGGUUUUCACAACAGAAAAACACAUCAGCUCUGGCGAUUCUAUGCAGAUGGUUUGUGAUUAUGACAGCUCGGAUAGAAGCAAUUUUACUGUGGGUGGAUUGUCAACUCGAAAUGAGAUGUGCAUUGCAUACAUUUUGUAUUAUCCAAAGACUGCAUUAAAACGCUGUGAAACCCAACCCAUAGCAGGAAACAUCUUGAACUACUUUAAUCUUACAAAUGUCAGGAGGACGGGUUUCUCAUGGCCCUGGACCAGACUAAGUGACUUCACUGAUAACUUAACCAACAGAAAUGUUCUGGACAUCAUUAACUCUAUGCAUUGGAAUCAGACCACAGGAAGUAUGUUAAGCUCAGCUGUACAACAUAUGGAAAGGAGAGUUUUUUGCAGAGUAAAUGGCUCACCUCAUCCAAGGGUUGGCAAUAAUGCUCCUGCGUUGAAUGUUGCUCAAGCAUAUGUACCACCUGUUGCUACAUGCGCGGUACCCAAUACUGGAUUCCCUGUCUCUAAAACAGAAAAACCGUGUCGAGGCUCCGGCUCACCUAGCAUGAAAGGGUUUAUGUUUACAACAUUGGUGUUUGUUUUACUCAGUUUAAUGGCAGCUGCAUAAGUUUAGUAUUAGCAUGACAAACCAGUUUAGCCACAACUGGACUUGUAAGACCAGAGUUUUUUAAACUAUAAGUUAAUUCAGAAAACUAAGCAAUCAAAUUAAUAGCAAUCUUAAAACUGUCUUGCAGCUGACUUGAAAUAUUUACAAGCUUUUAGAACAACAAGUUCUGCCUAAAUUAAGCUCUGACUUUAACUUAUUAACCAGAACUUCAGUUGAUUGGAGAAUGUGCAAUGAUGUUGGCAUUCUGUUAGACAUGAAAUAUAUACCUGUUUAAAAAUAUCAGUAGUUUUGUCAUGUUUUUAUACAAGCAGUUAACCGGAACAGCCAUUUUUUUGCUAUCAGAAUAUUUUAAACAGAUUUAUACAUAUUGUUCUAUAUGAAAUAUACACUGAAUAAUGAGAUUACAAAAAACAUGAUAACUACCUUACCCUAUUACCCAGCAUGAUCUGUUAAGUUUUAUAUCUAUAGAAAACUUCUGUACACCAAGCCUAGACCUAUUAAUGCACAUUUUAACUAUGUAAAGUAUGCUGCUUUGUUUUAGUUUAUUAUAUGCAAUUGCCAUAACAAUCUCUUUAUCAUGCAUUACCUUUAUCAUUAACAAUCAUGAUUCAUGAAUAAAGAACUUCAAAUCGAG